CCAUGAUUCCAUGACCCCGCUACUCCAUAAGCCCACCAUCUCAUGGAUCCAUAAUUCCAUAACUCCAUGAUCCCAUCAUACCAAAAUCGCAGGAUUUUCAGAGGUCAAACUCAAUGUUCUUGAAGACCUUUCCCAACCUCACCUAUCUCACAAUCCCACAAUCUCAUCAUUCCAAAAACACCAGGAUUUUUAGAGGUCAGACUUGAUGGUCUUGGAACUCUUUCCCAACCUCACCCAUCCCGCAAUCCCAUGAUCCCAUCAUUCCAAAAUCCCAGGAUUUUCAGAGGUCAAACUCAAUGUUUUUGGAGAUCUUUCCCAACCACAGUCAUUCCAUAACUCCACUACAUGACUUCACAAUUCCAUCAUUCUCAAACCUUGACCUUGAUGGUCUUGGGAGCUCUUUCCCAAGACAGAGAUGGACGCAAUCCCAGCUCUCAUUGCCCACAAAUCCCAACCAAUCUUCACCUCUCCCUUUUCCCUCCCUCCAGCGACUUCCAGUCUCCAUUGGAAAGCUUGGAAUUGGCCUUCUGCUCCCUCGUUCCCGCCGACCUCACCUUCCUCUCCCAAAGCUUCCACGCUCGCCUCAAGUGCUUGGACCUGAGCGGCCAUGACUUCUCCCAGGGGCCCCUGGAGCCUCUGCGGCUGCUCCUGGAGGAAACCUCAGCCUCGCUGCUGCACCUGGAUCUCAUAGAAUGCUGCAUGGCCGACUCCCAUCUGGAUGCGCUGCUGCCGCCGCUGCGCCACUGCUCGCGCCUGUGUUUCCUGGGAGUCUACGGCAAUCCCCUGUCCACAGCCACGCUCAAGGAUCUGCUCCAGAAAACCUUGGAGCUGCGUGACCUCCACCUGGUCGUCUAUGCCUUCCCCGUGGACUGCUGCAAGCCGGAGCCGCCGCCGCUGGAAUCCGCCUGGAAUUUUGAGGAACCGGUGGACGAGGAACUUUUGGCGGCAGCCGACGUUGAGUUUUGCUGAAUGUUGGCGAAUUACAGGAGUGACCUCGUGUGGACUUCCAACCCCUACAGACACGGAACCUUGGACUUCUUCUCCUUGUGAUUUGGGAAAAGCUCGGAGCCUCCAUGGUGGAAAAGCUCCAACACCUUAAUUCCAAAUUCUUCAUCCCAAAAUCCAAAUCCUUCAUCCCAAAGUCCAAAUCCUUCAUCCCAAAAUUCCGCCUCAUCCCGUUUUUUUUCCUUUAUUUUGGUGCUUUUCUGUCUGGUUUUUAUAUUUUUUCACCCCAUCCUGGUGUUUUGUGUUUUAUUUUAGGGUUUUCCCCCUCAUCCCGAUGUUUUUCCAUCCAAUUUUCGUGUUUUCCCACCCCAAUCCCAAAGUUUUUAAUUCGUAUGGGACAUUAUUUAAGUAUGAA